AUGGUAGUAAUACAAGGAAAGGGAGGAAAAGCGGAUCCACGCGUUAUAGGUAAGGACGAAGAGCACCAGAAGAGCAUUGUGAAGCUGAGUCAGAUUAAGAAGAUCAUGAAGGACAGGACCAGGAUGAGGAUAUCGAAGGAUGCUCUUGUUGCUGUUUCAGCAUGUGUAAUGUACCUAAUCAGCGAGAUCACCGAUGGUGCCAAGAAUGUUGCAAGCACCGAUGGAAAGAAGAAGGUCAUGCCCAAGCACAUAAACAAUGCAAUCUGCAAUGACACCGAGCUGCACUUUGUGGGCCAUGACUGGCUAAUAAAGAACGGGGGAAUGAAGUCAUACAUUGCCCCUGGAGACUUUGCUGUGUCCAGCAAGAAGGGGUCCUCAAGGGACUGA